AUGGAAAGCCAAGACCCUCCAAACCCUCCACCACAAAACUCUCCUCCCUUCGUUUUCACUCCCACCACUUCAGUGAUGCAAAACCCUUUGGAACCUCAAGGCUUGCAUGAUGACAUAGACUGGGUAAACCUUUUCUCUGGCCAAAACAACUUCCUUGGGGAUGCCAAGGCCAUGACGGAAUACGCUUCAUCUUCAUCCUCGUCUUCUUCGUCCUUGUCGUGCGCUUUGAUGGCAGAAAAUGAGGCUCACGUUGAUGAAAAGAAUGAUAAAGAGAAAAGAAAAGGAGGCAGAAUGAAGAAGACAACACGACCCAGGUUUGCGUUUCAGACUAGAAGUGCAGAUGAUAUUCUGGAUGAUGGUUAUCGUUGGAGGAAGUAUGGGCAGAAAGCUGUGAAGAACAACAUGCAUCCCAGAAGCUACUACCGCUGCACCCAUCAUACAUGCAAUGUGAAGAAACAGGUGCAAAGGUUAUCCAAAGACACGAGCAUCGUGGUGACCACUUACGAGGGAAUUCACAAUCAUCCAUGCGAAAAGCUCAUGGAAACCCUAACACCUCUUCUGAAACAGAUGCAGUUUCUCUCUAGCAUUAAAUACUAUUCUUACUUCUGGGUUUUUCGAGAGCUUAUGUGUGAUGAAGAUGAUUGCAAAGGGGCAACGUGCGACACGUAUCAUGAUUAA